AUGUGUUCUUUCGCGGCGCCGUCGGCCCAUCUUCUCCGUGGCGAUGGGCCCUGCUCCGUUUGCCCAUCACCUGUUCGACCUCUGGUGAUUCACAGACUGGGCAUUUCCGGGGGAUGUAGGCGCAGGGGUUCAUCUGGGUGGCGAUGGCGGUGCUCGUCUUCGGAGCAGAAGCAGAAGAAGCCGAACAGGAGAAGAAGUGAACAGGUGGGGACGGGAGAUGACGUCGAAGGUGCCGGUGGGCCGACCGUCGAUCCCGUUGGGUUCCUAAAAAGGAUGAGGAUAUCCAACAAGGUCUUCGCCCAGUUUCUCCGCGAACGGUAACUCCUCUUCCCCCUAUCAUCAUCGUCAUCAUCAUCAUCAUCAUCACCAUCAUCCAGGGAUUUAUUUCACGGAAUAUAAGCUGGUUUGUGAGAAGCUGACGCUGCGGUCAUGUUUCUAGCUACAAGGCGUUGAAGGACCGGAAGGCAGAGAUACUCACCCGUUUUGCGGAGCUCCCGGAAAUUGCGGCUGGGUCUGUUUCCUCCAUUCGAGUGUCUCUAGUGGAGCACCCGCCACUAUACUGCUGUCUUUUUGGUUUUCUCACCUGAGCUUGUGUUGUGGUUGAUUCUAGAUUUGAGCUACUAGGGAUGCACCGCCACAGGCAACAUAGAGUGGAUUUCAUGGAGUGGGCACCAGGUGUAAUGAUUUUACUAUUCUCUGCCUCGUCCGCUUCCUGCUCCAUCAUCUUCUUCUUUUUCGUCCUCAUUUCUCUAUGAACUCGAGUUGGUGUCCAAGAACAGUAGAACACAACUCUUCUUUCACGUAAUCUUUGGUACCUUAGCCUUUACGUGACAAUGAAUUACUAAUGAUUCCUCCAUCUCGAGGGAAUUUGUCGCUGUGUUUAAAAGGAAGAUCAUCAUCACCACCCUACUCUGUUAAGUCACUGCAUGUGCAAUUAUGAACCAAGGUCAACUCCUUUGGUAGCACUCACUGUUGCAGAAGUUGACUAGUCCUAUCGCAAUGACCCCCAUUUGGACGUUGAAAUUGUGUCAAUGGAAGUUCAGAGAGAAAGGAGAAUUAUCCCUAUGAGGAUCUCCUUUUUUAAUGAAAUUCACCAAUAGUCACACUCCCAUGUUACUAAUGAAAUUAAAACCAAUUUCGUUUUAUUGUUGUAAACUUUUGUGAAGGAAUAGGGGAAUCGAAGAGAGCUUUCCUGGGUUGCUAUGAAAGGCUCGGAUCUUGGGUGCACAGCUGUUUCUGUUUGGGUCAUUUGAGAUGCUGAACAUCCAUAUGCUUGAAUGCAUGAUAAGAGAUAGCAGUGAGCAGCCUUUUUCAUUAGGCCCCCACCUCGAAUCUUAAAAAGCUGGUGAUAACGGAUAUUGUGUACAUUUUGAAGAAUGUGUAUGCAAAUAAUAUCAUCUAGUUAUGAUGCUAAAGAUCAAGUUUUUGGAUGGAUUUACUCCCUAGAGACUAAAUGCGCUGGGAGUGUGUGAAGUAUAGGAGUGUGAGCCUGCAUACCUUGAUAAAUUAGAUAAGUUUAACGUGAUGUAAUAUAUGAUGCAGCCAUUAUAGUCUUAUAGUGCUUAGUAUAACCCUACAUUAAUCUUAUUUUAAUUUCAUAUUAGACUGCAUAUCCCCUGAUAAUUCAUUCUAUUUGAGGGCACUCUUUUUGAGCUUUUUCCUCACCCAUUAAGUUCUCUUUCUGCAGGGUUCUGUGUUAGGUGGGAUGCUUUUUAUAGACACCUCUGAAAUUAACUUUAAUGUGAUGUGCGCUAGAGAUGAAAGCAGAGCUGCAUUAUGUUUCUAAAUUAAAAGAUUAUGUCAAAUCGAUGACAUGUGGAAUGACUCAAAUCUGUGUCAGAGAUAUUCUGUAGAGUCAAUCCUUCUCAAAAUUUCCUUUAGGAGCUUUAAGCAGAAAAUUUUGUAAGCUUUAAGCUCAAAAUAUUCUAUAUGGUCAAUCCUACAUUAAACUGCAGUUAUUUCUCCCUAUCUUUGGAAUCACCCUGACUUGAUUGGCUGAUUCAGGUGCAUCUUUGGAAUGGUCUGAUGUCGAUUAGAACUGCAUAUAUCUGUAUAUUUUACGAAUUGUAUUUUUUAAUGCAUUUAACUUAAGUUUUUGGUCGUGAUACAUCGUGGUGAAAGACACCAGAUUUGAAUACCAUUUGAACGGUGGUAUCGUUGAUUUGUGCAGUGAUUUACUCUCAUAGUUUUCUAUUUUAUAAUCUCAGAGAUUUGUGUACCUGUCCAAUUUGUACCCCAAAAAGUAUUCUACUUUAUCAUUUUAUGUCAUAAUUAUGUCUAGUAUAUAUGCAAUGACAGGUGCUCGAUAUUGUUCUAUUAUUGGGGAUUUUAAUGAAUGGUCACCAACAGAAAAUAGUGCUCGAGAUGGACACUUUGGUCAUGAUGAUUUUGGCUAUUGGCUAAUCAUUCUUGAAGAUAAGCUUAGAGAGGGGCAAGAAGCAGAUGAGUACUUUUUUCAGGAAUACAAUUACGUAGACGAUUAUGAUAAGGGUGAUAAUGGUGUAAGUGUUGAUGAGUUGCUCAAAAGAGUCAGUGAUGAGUACUGGAAACCAGGAGAAGAUCACUAUAAAAGGACUCGCUUCGAGGUACCAGCUAAGUUGUAUGAGAUGAUAUUUGGCCCUAAUGGCCCUCAGACAGAAGAAGAGCUAGGUGAGAUACUUGAUGCCGAAACACGAUACAAAAUGUGGAAAGAAAGUAACGAGGGUGAUCCAUCCAGCAACCUUUCUCGUUUUGAUGUCAUGGAUACUGGGAAAGAGUAUGACAUUUAUAAUAUUGUUGAAGAUCCUCUCUCUAGGGAGAAGUUUCGUUCAAGGAAGCCUCCACUUGCAUAUUGGAUAGAAAUGAGAAAAGGACGAAAAGCAUGGUUGAAGAAGUAUCUUCCUGCCAUUCCACAUGGAAGCAAGUAUAGAUUAUACUUUAACACUCCUGAUGGUGCUUUGGAGAGGAUUCCUGCUUGGGCUACACGUGUAUUUCCAGGUAUCUUCUGUUCUGUAAGAAAAAGAUGCUUACUAGAAGAAUAGAUUUGAUAUGUUCUUUUUCUUAUUAUAUAUGCAGUGUAAUUUAAUCUCGGUUUUUAUUCCUCUAUAGUUUCGCCAUCUCCAGCAUGGUAUUAAAAACAGGUUUCAGAGCAUUAUUUUAUUUUUCUCUCCUGAAGUUAGAAUGUGCAUUCGAAUGGCAUUUACAAAUCUGAUACAAUGGUUUUCUUUCUAUGUUUCCACUAGUUUUGGGAGAAAGGAUGAAUGCCACCAAUUUUAAACGUGAGGAAUCGUUGGAGGCCUUAAAUGAAAAAGAUUUCUGGCCAGAACUUGGGGCAUAUUUCACUGUGUACCUAUUGGGAAACCCAGUCGAUCAGAAAUUGUUGUGCAUUAGAUCCUUUGUGUACCUUGUUAAUGUUUUAUGAUUUGUAAAUGUCUAGCAUAACAAUUGAGACUUUCACCUGGGAUCAAUGAGAUAAAUUUCCGUAUGAAAAUAAGAAUGAUUGUGUGGUAUUUUUGGGCUUUGAAGAAGCUGACGCCAACAUCUGUUGCAACCAUCUCAAAUGGAAAUCAACUUAACAGGAAUAGAAAGAAAAAUUGAGCUAUAAUAAGAUAACAUAAACUUGUGACAUCUGAGUUAUGACUUUCACUUUUAAAAAAAACAUAUGUGUAUGUCAGAGACAUGUGAAGCCAGUCUGGAGUUACUAUUGGUUAUUACUUGCUUAGAUGUCAUUAUAAUCAGGUCAUUACUAAUGUAUAUGUUAGUAGGGAAACUUUGAAGUUUGUUUCCCUUCCUUCCCUUCUCACCAGGUGACAUGAGGAAAAGAACAUCACAGCUAAACAUUCUCUGAGAGCAAUACUUCGUAUUUUCAUUCUCUGAACGUAAUUUCCUCUGAUGUUUGAUGAUUUUGUGGUGUACAUGGGAUGCUAGUUUCACUUUUAUGACGUAUUCUUUUUUUUAACAUUUUUCUCAUCAAUUGUUAAUCUGCGAUUCUCAGGUGCUGAUGGAAAACAACCUUAUGCAGUUCAUUGGGAACCACCUCCUGAGCAAAUAUACAAAUGGAAAAAUAAACGCCCAAAAACUCCGAGCACUCUGCGUAUCUAUGAAUGCCACAUUGGAAUAAGUGGAUCUCAGCAGAAUAUAUCAUCUUUUAAGGAAUUUACUGCAAAUGUAAAUUAUAUAUGGCGUUAUUUUUUUCCUUAUUAUUUUUCUUCAAUACUCCUUUAAUUUUAUGAGGUUUUUUCAUUUUUUUUAUGCUUGUACUUUGUCUAGGUCCUUCCACAUAUUAAAGAGGCUGGAUAUAAUGUAAUAAAGUUGAUUGGGAUUGCAGAGCACAAAGACUAUUCUUCUGUUGGCUUUAAAGUGAGUUUGAGUUUCAUUUCUUGAGCUUCUGUGAAGAGAUUAUGAUAUGGAUUCAGGCCUGCAGGCUGUGCAGAAACUUCGUGGAACCUUAUGUUCCACUAUUUUUGUACACAAGCAGUGAAGGUUUCUUGUAACUUAAAGAUUGAAACCAUUUAUAUUAGUGUAUUAGCUUAAAAAUGGAAAGCUAUUUUUCUCACGAAAAUGUUAUAUUAGUGUAUUAGCUAUAAUCAUUUUAUUCUUGAAACCAGUUUAGGCUAGGAUAAAGAUGAUUAAGCUUCUUUUCACUUCUUUUUGGAUGCUAAAAUUUUUCUUGCCUUUCAGGUUACAAACUUUUUUGCAGUCAGCAGUAGAUUUGGGACACCUGAUGACUUCAAGCAUUUGGUUGACGAGGCACAUGGUUAGUAUGAUAUUUUCAUUUACGUUACUUCAUAUGUUUAUCAGAUAAUGUAGGACUUACAAAAGAUGCUCUUCAACUUAUAAAAUGUAGCCAUUUCCCAUAUUACUGUGCUCAUUAUGGAUAUUAAAUGUCUUCUUGAUGUUUCAUUUUACUAUCUAAUACUUACGAUAUGAGGUUUGAAUUUCCUUGCCAAUGUGUAAAUGCACUUGGUGUGUUUUUGCAUGGUUUCGUUUUAUUUCCUAUCUGAUAGUUUACCUCACUUUGGGGCCUUUUUACGCAAAGUUGCAUGCUAAUACCAUGAAUUAUUUGAAAUUAUAUUUUCAGAAAUAGGAAAAUAAUAUGAAAUUAACAUUGGUUGGGUCAUGUAUUCUGCACUCCAAAUAACAUUUAGUAAUAUGGUAGUUCUUGUACUUGAGAAUCUUUAUGUUAUUUAUUUUCAAACUCUAUAUGUUUCUAUUUUAACAUUCAAACGUUGAUGGCAAAAGAAGCUCUUUUGCUCUUCUCUUGUAAUUUAUGAUGCAGCUUGUGGAACAGAGGCCUGGGAGCAUGAAGAUUCGAGUUGGCCCAAUAACAAAUUUAACCCAUAAUAAAAUGUGUCUUAAAUGGAUAUAAAUUUAUCUUUUCUAUUUUUGAUUUUCAUUUUUCUUUUUAAGCUUGUAGAAAUGAAGAGAAACCUGUCAUGGAGGACAGAGGGGAGAACAGUGGAAACUACCUCAAGUUCCAUUCAACACUUACAACAUCUAUACAGGGAGGAAACUUAGACAAUUUUUCAAAGACACUCUCAGUCUUUUACAUUAUUUCCCCAUGACCUAUAACUUCCGCCCCUCUCCCUUAAAAUGAAAUUUGGAGAAGUUCAUCUUCACUAAGUUGUUCACGAGCAUUCACUUGUUGGUGAUGAUGACGAUCCAUUGUGGCAUCGACUCCCCUUGUGAUGGUUGUCAAAGAUGACACUACCGAGGUCAUGAAUUCACUGACACAUUUGUCUCCUCUGAGGGUUGUUACGCCUUAGAAACAGCUCCAUAGAAUAAUGAUGCCUUUUGAUGUUGGACUGCUUGAGAUGUUGCCUAACUGUGCGGAUUGUGGAAGAUUCUAGUAGCUAGACUAGGGAAGAUGUCAAAUUGAGGCAGAUUGGGGAGGCAGAGGACAACACUGGAACUAAGACAAUACUUUAAAGAUGAUUACAUAGGGAUAAAUUGAAAAGAUACUAGGCAGAGGCGAAAGACCUCACCAGAAAAAUAGUUGGUAGAGGCGGAAGGCCUCAUUGAAAAGAUAGUUGGCAGAGGUGGAAGACCUCGUCGGAAAGCAACAAAAGCAACAUGGCUAGAGGUAAAAACCCUCACCAGAAAAGUACUCACUAGAGGCAGAAGACUUUGCCGGAAAACUACUUGGCAGAGGUGGAAGGCCUUGCCAGAAUGUCAGCAAAGGCAGAAAGCUCUGCUAGAAGGUAGCACACAGUGCCAAUUGCAGCAUGUUGGCAGAUGGUGGUAGAAAACAUCGGUGACAAUGGCAGAUAGGAAACAUCGGAUACUCUCAGACUUUGGUGGUGGCGGCGAUGGUGCUCCCGCAGACAAGAGACGUUUGUCAGAGCAAAAGAAACCUUUGCAUACCUCCGUUACCUUUUGGGAGGCCUACGCCCCAGAGAAAAAUAAUUGGAGAAAAGAAAGGGAUUUGAACUCCAAGUCUUAAAUGAAAUGAUUGGCGGACCAACCUGGCUCUGACACUGUAGAAAAUGGGGAGAAACCUCAGUCAUGGAGGACGAAGGGGAUAAUGGUGGAAACUGCCUCAAAUUCCAUUUAACUCUUACAUCCCUUAAUAUAGGGAGGAACCUUAGACAAUUUUUCAUAACACCCUCAGUCUUUUACAUUAUUUCCAACAAAACUAUUUCAAAUUUAUUUUAAUUGGUCAAAAUUUAAAAUUUAGGCGCCUAAAACAAUAGAGUCCUCAAUUUUUAGAAGCAUUUGAUCUGAUUUUUGGCCUAUUUAAAGCCCCCCCUUUAUAGCCCAAGAGACAUUCAAUCAAUUACGCAAAUUUUCUCUCUUCUAAGGGUCUGUAUCUAAUGCGUGAAUUCACAAGAAAAAUGAUUCAUGUGAAGAUUCUCAAUAUCCACAAAACGAAGAAACUCAGGCCUUCAAAUCCACAAGAGUUUUGUCUCGAGUCCACAAGAUUGAAAUAGUUCUCUUGAAUCCACAAAGGAGCAGCUAAAAUCCUCUAACAGAGGAACAGAGCAUCAGAAGAGGGAAAAAACUUGUAAUAUUGAUGGGCCUAGUAGGGGGGCCUUUAAAGAGGCUGAAAUUUGAUUAGGAUGUUCUAAAUAAUAGGGGAUUCUAUUUUUGGGCACUCAGAGUUUGAAUUCCGGCCAAUUCAAACUAAUUUGAAAUGAUUGGGAGAAACAGAAAUAAAAGAAGGAAUAUUAAAUUUAGACAUGUUUAAGACACGAUUUAUUAUGGGCCAAAUUUGUUGUUGGGCCAACUUGAGCUAUAAAUGAGCCAACGCCUUUGCUACCUUGAGUUGGGUUCUGAACUGGCAAUAGAUCAUUCUCCCCAAUUUCAAAAGAACAGUCUUCAUGUAUUUCUAGGUAAUAGUCAUAUAACUCCAUAAUAUUGAAGGUAGAAUAUAUAUAUCCUCAUUGUCUCUAAUAAGUCAAUGACGAAAGUAUUGUCAUUAGUAUUGUCCAUACUUGGGACUGAGCUUGUUAUAAUUUCCAUAUAGUAGUCUUUCUUUUCUCAAAACAAAUCACCAAUUUGGAAAUUCUUUUUCCUCUUCUUUUAUAAUUUUUUUUAAUAGAAAUAAGUUAUACAUUCUAUGAAACUUGGUAGGUGAAAAUUUUAUUUUUUUAUUACAUACAAGAGGAUUAUCAUGACUUUGGGUCAUGACAAAACUUUUUAAUUGAUAGAGACAUUAUUUUUUGCCCCAGUUUAAGAAAGGUCGUGAAAUUUUGUGGAAAGAUGUCAAAGUUGUCAAGUGAAUGAAGGAAAAUGUCAAAAUACAAGAGUUGUAGACUCCAAAAUGACCACAAGUUGAUAUCACUAUAAAUUUCUUUUUGGGACUUGAUGCAGCAAAAGUUGAUGAAAUGAAGAUUUGAUGGAGGUAAAUCAACCUAAGUGUUUUAGAGUCAAAACCACGUCAAUGAAUCCAUGAAGAAUGUGAUUUUCUUAAAGAACUAUCACCUUAAAUCCACAAGGGUUUGAUCUUUAGUCUGCUAGAUUAAAAAGAUUGUCUAAAUCCAUAGGGGGUGUUGGAAUACAACAGUAGAGGAAGAAAACCUCAAAAGAAGGAACCAAUUUAUAGAAUUGAUUGAAUGCCCCUUGGGCUUGACAUAGGGGAAUAUGCUGAAAAUUAGUUCUAACACUUCUAAAAAUAGGGGGUUCAAUUAUUGGGAGCUAAAAAAUUUGAAUUUCGGCUGAUUCAAAUAAAUUCAAAAUGGCUGAAAAGGAUAAACGAAAAUAAAAGCAGGAAAAUUAAAUCUAGAAGUGUUUAAAGCUGCAAUUUUAUUGACCCGUAAUUGAUAGUGGGCUAAUUUCAGGUUUACUGAGCCAAACUCAUGUCUUCAAGUUUCUUGGGCCACAGUCCACUUCAUUUGGGCUCUAAACUGGUUGCAUCAGAACUACCAUGAACUCAAAGAGGGGUGCCAUUUUUCAAAAAAUGACACUUUCAUUGGAUGCAAGAAGACAUACAAAUGAGUCAAUUCAUUUUUUAAAGAAAUAGUUUGCCUGCAUAGUUUCCUAGAAUCAAUCACAUCCAAUCAAGAUUUCAAAUUUUGUUUUGUUACAUUUUUCUGAUGGACUAUUUGAAACAAAUUUGAUUCUUAUUUAAAAUUCAGUAUUACCAGUCAUCUUCAAACAGAUGGACAAGCAGAAGUGGUCAGGAGAAUAAGUUGCUCGAUUCAUUGUAUUUCAUGAUAAAAAUCAAAAUAGUGAAAUUUUGCCUUGGCUCAGAUAAAAUUUGCUUAUAACUCUAUAGUAAAUUACUCAAUCUCUAUUUUCUAUUUUUUAUUACUUUCUCUUCUAAAUGUAGUAGAUUUUACCAACACAGUCUGAAAUAAACAUAGUAGCAAACAAGAUGGCAGAGUAUAUUACUGCUAGUACAUUGACGUGUUAGGAAAUAUCUUUUAGUCAAUUAUGCCAACUAUAAGGAGAAGGCUAAUAAGAAGAGAUUUUUUUUUUUCCAAGUUGGUGAUUUGAUUAUGAUAUAUUUGUGAAAAUAAAGACUAUCAUUUGAAAUUUUUAAGAAACUUAAUUCAAAGAAAUAUAGACCAUACAAAGUCCUCUAUAAAAUUAAUGGCAAUGCUUACCUCAUUAAAUUAUGUCUUCAUCAAAUUAUCUUCUACCUUCAAUGUUAUGGAUUUGUAUGGCUAUUAUCGUGAAAUACAUUUCUUUUAAAAUGAGAGAUUGAUGUAACCUAUUUAGAGAUCAACUCAAGUGGACUAGAGGUUCAGGAAAGAUGAAGACAUAAGUUGGUUCAUUUAUAGCUCGAGUUGGCCCAACAAUAAAGCAUAUUUAAAUGCAUCCAAGUUUAAUUUUCCCAUUUUUAUUUUUUUUCUGCCUUUUAGCCAUUUCGAAUUUAUUUGAACGAGCCAAAAUUCAAAAUCUUGGCUUCCAAUAAUAUAACUCCUUCAUUUUAAGGAGCGUUUAAGUGAUUUUUGAGUUAUUUAAAGCCUCCACUCCUUGUAGCACUAAAGACAUUCAAUCAAUGACAUGAAAUUUUUUUAUCUCUUUUGAAGUUUUGUCUCCCUGCUGGUAGAUUUUGACAACUCCUCUGUGGAUUCAAGGGAACCUUUGUGAUCUUGUGGAUUGAAGAUCAAUCCCUUGUGGAUUUAAGGGUUGAAAUUUCUAAGUUUGUGGAUUGGCAAGGAGUCUUCAACUAAAUCUCAGUUCUUAUGGAUUCAAGAACAAGAUAUCAACUCAACACUAUUCAAGUUGUGUCAAUUUAUUAUGCAAUAGCCUUAUUCUUUAUGCAGAUAUGACGUCCAUCAUCUUAUAUAGGCAUGAAUCUAAUUUACUUUCAUUAGUAGUGGGCAUGGCCUUCAUAUAUAAAUACAACCAGUGUACCUCAAUUUUUGCUUUUGAAAGCUUCUAUGAAUAUUUAUCCAUCUCCUGGCCCAUAGUUUCAUAAUUAUGUACUAGGGUUGCAUUUUAGUGAAAAUAUUUUCUUCCUUGAUAAUUUGUGAACACAAAUGAUAAUUCUUAUUUUCCAUGUGGUAACUCUGCAAUAUCAGGGAAAUGGUUUACUUCCAUUGGAAGUUUACUCAAAUUUUUUUACUUGUCAUACGUUUUGUAAGAUGCCCAUGCUUAAACAUUGCUGAAACAAAGCAAUUGCCAAUAUGAGUGAAAAAAUGAGUACAUAAAUUAUUUUCAUCUGCAAGAUUUAUGAAGACUAUGUCAUAUUGUUUACAUCCAAGCUUGGGAAAUUGGUUGAGAUGAGAUUCAAAUUAUAUUAGUUACCAUUAAUAUCUCUGAUUUCCUGUUUGAUUGUUUAACUUUUCUUUGUCGAUUUCUGAACUUGAGCAUCUCUGACACUGGUUUUCUCUUGUGGGAUACAGUUCAAAUUUUCUGUCAUGAGAAAAUUACCUUCAAUGUUUUGUCUAGGAUUUACUUAAAAAAUAUUAUUUUAAUUUUCAUUAGGUCGGGUGACCACUUUCUCUUUUUUGUCUUCAAAUAACAUCAUAAUUUUCUUCUUAACAGGCAUUGGGCUUCUAGUAUUCCUGGAUAUCGUUCACUCCUAUGCUGCAGCAGAUGAGUUGGUUGGACUGUCGCAUUUUGAUGGAUCAAACGAUUGUUUUUUUCACAGUGGUACCCAACUUAAACAAACCAUUCUAUACUUUGAUAGAGGGAUAGAUAUCAGUAACGUCUUAUAGUGCAUUAUUAAUAAGAAACUGAUUGGACUGCGUUAGUAAAGAUUCAGUAAAAGCAAUAUCGAAGUUAUUUGGUGAUGGUUCUGCCUGCAUGAAGAUAUGUUGCAGUUUUCGAAAUGUUGAGUGUCAGUCUGCAUGUUUUCUGUGAAGGUGGCUUACAGUCCCCUUAACGAUGCAAAUAUUUUGACUCAUUCUUUAAACUGCAUCUAGAAUUGUGAAAUUUAUGGUUCGUGUUAUCUUUCACUGGCAUAUUUUGUCUCUCUGGAGAUGACUUUACUCAUUUUUUUCUGUCUUUCUUUUGAGAAAAAAACAUGCAAGUCUUUCGGCCUUGUGCUUCCUAGUGUCCCAGACAAGCGUCUUGAGAUGUCUCAAAGUGCUUGAGAUGUCCAGAGUGUCCCAGUGUCCCAGUGUCCUCGUAGGGUUGAAAUUUUAUUUAUUGGUUAUGAUGAAUGUGUUUUUGUGGAGUCAUUGCUAGGACCAUUUCUAAAAUAACUUUAAAACACCCAACGAGGAUUUGAGCAAAGCACCCAAACAAGGUUUUGACUAACCAAAAUCACAUCAUGAUGAAUAUUUUUUAUUUAAGACCAUUGUUUUGGUGCAUCUCCUUGGGAUAAGAAGUUUUAAGAAGUCAAAGAGUUCUGAUGCCUACGAGGGCUGAUUAAAAGGUGUUUCCUUGGGUCAUUUUAUCACCUUUUUUUUCUUUCUUUUAACCGUCAUUAUUCGGCCCUCAUCCAGUAAAACUGAGGAUUAACAUAAUAUAAUGCAGUUAUAGAUCUGAAACUUAUUAAUUUUUUUGAUGAAAAGUUGUGUGCUAAGUAAAAGUAACAAUGGCAAAAGAUUGUAUAAAGAUAUGUUUUUCACAUAAUCUUUGAGGUCAACAAUCUAAUAUGAUCACCUUCCAUAAACUAGGAUUAUCGAUAUAAAGUAGCUUCGUUCUAAGAGUUAUACCACUGACAGCUAUUAGAUAAUCUCUUCCUUGCUGCUUGAAGAUUCACAGCCCAGUUCUUGCAUAAUAUGCCUUUAGAGCAAGGAAGUAGCUUAGUUCUUGAGUUGUUUAGACCUCAUUCUAUUAGAGGAGUGAUUCUAUGCUACACCUUAGAAACCCUGGGUUGUCUCCGGCUUUGAAAUCUCUCCUCAAAUAACUAUCCUGGUUCACCAAGCGCAAUAACCCUCUUUUUGAGAAUGAUGUAUCAAUAACGAAACUGGACUUGAUCAAUUGCAGUCAUUCCUUGUCCUAGGCGACAUAUGAUAUCACAGGAUUCUUGAACCUCCUAUAACCUGCCAUAUAAUGUCUUCUGUUUUAUGUUGCAAAAUUAUUUUCUCAGGUAUCUGAGCCCUCCUUCUGGCUCUUUCAUACUACAACAAUUAAGAGAAACAAAUCUCAUAUUCAUAUAUCUCUGUACGGGAUUAAUGAGGCUCACUCUCAGUUUUUACCAGUGUCACUUUCUAUCUUGACCACUGUGCAAGCCACUGAGACUUCCCCCAUUUAUUCAGCUACGUAACUUUGGAAGCCACUGAGAUCCUUUCCAUGCCCUCGUAAUGAUAAGUAUCACUGGGAUUUAUAACAUGCAAUAUGCUCUUAUCACUGUAACUCUACUUUCCUUGCUGAUCGCUCCCCCUCACACUUCAAUCCCUCUUCCUCAUGCAUCACGAUUAUAGGUGACUCUGUACACAAAUUUCAUUUAAAUAUUGUAUUGAUUGAUAAAUCAAUUAGCUUGUACUCUAUCAACGUCUAUGCAAUUAGGUUUUCUCUGUAUUAUUGUCAUACUUGCCAAUGUGCUUCUGGAGUGUUUGGUUUUCUGACUGUGAGCUCGUCUGCUUUUUGACUGGUGAUUGCUUUUGUUUGUAGGCAAGCGUGGGCAUCAUAAGUUCUGGGGUACAAGAAUGUUCAAGUAUGGGGAUAUCGAUGUAUUACACUUCCUUUUAUCAAAUUUGAAAUGGUAAUGCUUAAACCAUAUUAGGUAUACUUUGUUUCCCUCUUUGUUGAUGGGGAAUUUGGAGCUUUUGUUUUAGUACCAUUUUGUUCAUGGAAGAUCUUCUAUUUUUUAUAGGUGGGUUGUGGAGUAUCAAAUCGAUGGCUUCCAGUUUCAUUCACUCUCAUCAAUGCUGUACACGCAUAAUGGAUUUGCCACUUUUUCUGGUGAUAUCGAAGAGUAAAUAUCUUCUUCAUUUUGACUAACCAUACUAUAAUGAUGUCUACUAUAUCUUUCUCUUUCCUUUCUUGUCUUCUCUGCUCAAUAGAAGGGACAAGCAUAUUUAAUCCUUAGAAGUCCACAGUCUGUGUACAUUUACCAGUCAUGCUCGUAAAACCGUUGAAACAAACUAAACUAGAAGCCUAAUCUCAACUGUCAACUCUCUUCUACUUCCUAUAUUACGCCUGUGUAUUUUCAAAAAAAGGCAUCUUACUUAUUUAUUCUUCUUAUAAGCCAAGCAUGAUUCCACAAGUGCUGCUGCUUUUUGGAAGGAGUCUGUACUUGCUGAUAAAUAGUUGCUCAGAAUAUAGAUCUGUUUCUCAUUUAGUACAGUUGUUUUAAUGGUGAACAAUAUGCUCAAUAUUGUCCUUAGUUGAUACCUUCUGCAUGAAGAGGAGGAAGAAAGCUGGAUGAACAUUUGGCAUGAAAAGCUUAAUAAAUUGUGUCAAAUUUUGAAUAAACAACUAAUGUAUCUGAAAGAAGCAACUGUCUUUACUGGCAGAGGACUGGUCUUCUAUCAUUGUUUGUCGCGAAAGUUUAUUUGGCAGAAAUAUAUUAGACUUAUUGAACCUCAAAUAACCAUCUGGUCAUCAGAAGAUAAACUACCUCUAAUGUUUCUCACUUAAGCAGAUCCAACAAUUUCUUUUUCAUGACUCCAUUUCCUUCCACAUAUCAGAAUUGGAUUGAACAUACCUAAGAUCAUCUUGAAAGUAAAUGAAAAUACGGGAUUAGUGGUUGUUCAAGCUGCCAACACAUUGGAGAUGUACCCACUGAAUGCACAAGGGUGAUUCUAUAUAUCCUCAUACCAAAGUAAGAUAUUGUUGGUAGAUCAUAUACAUGAUGAGAUCUGGCACUUUUAUCUUCAAAAUUCCAAAGGAAGAGUAUAUGAGCAAAUAGGAUGCUAUUUUUAUAUUUUUCUGGUGAGGUUUUCCACCUCUGCUAUGCUUCUUUUCAGUGAGGUAUUUUGUCUCUACCGAGCAUCUAUCUAGCAAGGGUCCUCCACCGGUUCUCCACCAGCCUUCUUGGCAUCCUUCAUUGAUGUCUUCCGCAACCAUAUUCGAUGUUCUCUAUCGAUUCUCUGUUGGCAUCUUUGACAUUUGUGGACAUCUUUGGCUUUCACUAGUCAGCAGUCAAUAGCCAAUGGCCAAUAGUCAAACUUUACAAUAUGAUAGAAUAACUAAAAGUCACUCUUCCAAGUGUUCUUCCACUUAUUAUGUAGUGUCUCUUUAUGACAAAUCACACGUUUGACUGAAAAUAAUUAUCAUCAUUGGUAGAGAUCAAUGAUAAUUUAUUUUAAAUGACAAGGAAAGAUCAACCAUUUAUUGAAAGUGUGACAUCUGAUCCUAAUCUUCAUGUGUAGUGGGUGCAACAAGAUAUGAUCCAUUUAAAUAUAUUAUGAAAUUAUAUAGAAACUCAUAUUGAAAAUUUGGUGAGUAAUUUGGACACAUGUAAGGCAAUGUGAGAUCAUCUUGCACUGAUGUACUCCAACAACCUCACAGAUCUAUGGUAUGAAUGUAGAGUAUUAUGGAUUGAAACAAGGUGAAACAGAUCUAAGUCAAGAUCUCGACUCCUUCUAUCAUCUAUUGAUUUCAAAGUGAUGCAGAAACAACUAGAUCAGCUAGCAGUGGUCAAAUUUCUUCGUGGGCUUCAUCUUGAGUAUGAUGGAGUUCGCAACCAAAUCUUACUAGAAUGAGUUGCUGACACUUGUUGAAGCCUAUCAACGUGUCUCUCAUUCUUUUCUAGAUCAAGGCAUUCCAAUGACCAUACCUAUUGUCACACGAAAGUUCUAUAGGGUCAGGAAGAAGAAGUUUGAGUUCUUCUAAGAUGUGGUAUGCGCCAUUGCUCUAUACCUAAGCUUUGCAUUAAAUUAUGAGACCACUAGCUGUUUCUUGCUCUUCUAAGAAAUAAGAUUACUGUCAAGUAAAAUGUAAUAACCAGUUGUUAGUUGUCUGUACUGUCAAUCCAAUCUACAUUAGAAAAACCUUACAUGACCAUAGUGCUUGUACAAUAAUCCUUGGCCUAGAUUUUCCUUCACGUAGAUGCUAAUGUUGUGUUCUUCACAAUAGGUGUGGUCAUUGGAAUGCCUUGAUCUAAAAAACCAGGAGAGACAUAUUGAUAGGCUUCAACAAGUGUCGAGAAAUCAUUCUAUGAUAGGAUUUGGUUGUGAACUCCAUCAUACUUAAGAUGAAGCCCAAUUGGAAUGACCCAUUAUAUUUAGCAGUAUCCCUACAGUCCCUUCAUUGUACAUGAUGUUAUCCAACAUAUUUAUUAAUAUCGUUCUUCAUUACUUCCAUUCAUUUCCUUUUCCUUGUUUAAGGUCAAAAACCUUAAAAAAAUGUUUAUAAUUCAAAACAAGUGCUGUGUUUGGUAUUCUUUCUGUUAGCCACUAUCUCAAAGAACAUUUUUUGAAUUAAUUUCUGGUCAGCUCCACAUCUACCUUCUCUUUAACUGAGUGAUUUGUUAAAUGAUCUGGGUCUUUCCUCGCCUCUAGGGUUAUUUGAAUCCCUGUAUUUAUUGUCAUUUAUCCCUCUCUUACUUCUUUCUGGAAAUGAUGACAUUUGACCUAUUCUAGUUACCUUUGUUUACGGUCAUUCUGAAUUUUGACCGUCAAUUCAUCACUUACAACGAAAAAAAUAUAUGCACUGAAGCCUACAAUGAUUGAAAAAUCACAAUGCUCUUUGAAAACCAAUAAUUGUCACAUUAGUCCCAUAUAUUGUGCACAUAUAUUGUAACCAAUUCAUUAUUGUGCACAUAUAUUUAAAAUAUUUAUACAACAUCCUUGGUGUCCUGUUCUUUCUUCGUAUCAACCAAAUGACAUCAACCAAAUGGCUGGUAGUAACUAAGUGAAUGCAGUCUCCAUCGCAUUCUUUCUUCAAGUCGGUAGCUCCAGGAUCUUUUACCAUUGUACAGUGUUUUGACUCAUAUUUGGUUUUCUUGUAAUAAAUCAAGUUCAUUCUUUGUCAUCAUAAUCAAAGUUGUAGAGAUUUAUACGAGAAGCAACCUCAAAUAGCAUAGAGCUUUGGAUAUUUUAUUACCUUUUUCUCCAUUGUCUAUCGAACUCACGAUGUAAGGGCUUAGAUCCGUGGCUUUAUCACUUAUUUGUCCUUUAGUAACUAAGUGAGUUGCUCAGUGUACUAUUUUGAGAUUAUUCAAGCUCAAAUUUUCUGGGAAGUUCAGUUGCAUGACGUUCCUGAAGAAUACUUCCUGGGACAUUUAAUAGCAAUGAAAUUCAGUCAGUUUUGGUUUACAGAGGAUCAUAAAAGUGGAUGAAUUUAUAAUGUACUUGAGUUUUUAGACAGUUUGUACUGCUACAUCAAUUACUUGUUUGCACUUAACCCCAUCCAUUGUUAUAUAGCAGGUACUAAAUGUGAUCAUGAUGCUCGAUGAUUUUGUGCAAAAAAAAUCAUGCAGAUGGUGCUGACCUUUUAAGGAUGUUUUCAUGAUUACCUUUUCCAUCGUUAUUUGUGUCUUGCUCAGUGUUGGAGACCUUUUUCAAUUAUCCAUUGAUGUUAGAAAUAGUUGUUUUAUAAAUAUUUUUAUUAUGUAUAUUUUUCCUUUACACUUGAUGUCAUGAAAAAAUCAGUUAUAAUUAAUUUCUCCACUUCGAUGUAGGUACUCUAAUCAGUAUGUUGACAAGGAUGCCCUCAUAUAUCUCAUCAUGGCAAACGAGAUGCUGCAUGAUCUUCAUCCUGAUAUCAUUACAAUUGCAGAAGACGUAAUUAUUAACUUAGUAUCUUUAAUGAAUACAAAAUAUGUUCAUGCGCUGUUUUUCAUCUUCACUUCCAUUACAACCUGGUUGACUUUGUAUGAAUGAAAGAAAACUUGUCGCAUAUAUAUACAUCGGCAUAUAUAUAUAUCUAUAUACAUUCCUACAUCAAAUUAUUUUCUCGUUCAGACAUCAAAUUAAUGUGGUCAAUAUUGUCAACAAGUUCUUUUAGGUUGAAAACAUGAAUACCCUUUCCCGCAUAUGGUUCCUUCAACCUUCUUCCAAUUAACUCUAAAGUUCGUUAUCUUGAAGAAUGGAUUCAAAGCAUCAUUAGGUGCUUCAAAAAGUUCAAGAGGAUCAUUACUCUAUCUCCAAAUGUUGUCCUUGUUAUGAAAUUUCCUCUUCAUGUACAUACUUUUGGGAUAUGAUUCUGCUUAAAAUGAAGUAAAACUACUACCCUUGUGAAACCCAUACUGUAUAUUUUCUGUGGUAAGGGACUAAUUGCCUGUAGAAUCCAGCAACUUUAUACAAAAGGGGAACUUUUUUUGUGUCCAUUCGUGAAAAGUCUGAACUCAAUUUUUUUCUAUCAUGCUCGUCGAAAGGCCUUUAAUAACCAUCCUAACCCAGUUGCAACGCAAUUUACAUAUGAUUAAAAUAUCGUUUUCUUGCAAGAGUGGGAAAAUUGUUCAUUUCAAACUGUAAUUUAAGAUUAGAGGCAAUAAUAGUAAGAUUCUUAUGCCUUGUUGUGGUGUUAGGUUCAGAGGAUGACAUGAUAUAUCCUACAGGAAAUGACAUGAAAGCCUGAAAGGAACUGUAGAAUUUGAGUGGAGUAGCUCUAUGGUUAUAAGUGUUGGGAAGAGAUACAGUAGGAGAACUAGAAUAUGGAACUUACAGCCUUACACUAGAGUCAAUGUCUAUAGGAAGUGUCUAUUAUCCAAAUGGGAAUGAGAAGGUGAGGCAAACGACCGCAUUAGUCCCCAGUGACUUUCCAAGUCUGGGGUUCAGGCCUGAGAACGUUAGGAUAAUGCACAACUUCCGUCCUGUGAUCAGUUUUGCUACUUUAAAUGGACAAAAUUCAGACAAUUUUAUGCGUCAUUAGCUGGGGCUGUCAUUAUUGGAUAAUGUAUUCUCAUAAACAUUUUAGUAUAAGCAACUGUAUUACAUUUUGUACGUUCAGAUUCCAAAAGGGCAUUCAAAAGGAUAUUUUUAGAAAUUCUUCAUAAAAUAGGUCACAGAUAUUGCCAUUGGCAUGCGUGUGUGAUGUUAUAGGAGUUCCAAGAUUCAGAUUUUAUGGAGAUUGCAUCUGGAUCCUCUCAGAAAACUUUCAUGCUUAUCAGCAAGAGCACUUCAAUAUUGUAUGGGUAUUUCUCGUUAUUUAGUCAAAGGGAAGCCUUUGAAUGCUCACACAUGGAUGUCCACAAUAUGGGAAUGUUUAUUUUCCACAUGUUAAAGCCUAGAGGUAUGAACAAUGUUUCAAGUCAUAUUUUUAUUUGUAAAGAUUUAACUUUUUACGUUCUCCUCAGUCUGAUGAACAUAUGAGAUCUGGAUUUACUAUGCAUUCUAUGUAAAUUCAUUUCUAUCCCAGGGAAGACAUCUGUUAGGGAUAUUGAAACUCUAUACUGCACUACAUAGAGGAUACAUACUGCAUUACAUGUGUAUAGAAGUUACAUAGAGAGACUAAAAUGGUGUUAAGGAAUUCUUGCUUUUCUUGUGGGAAGUGUGAUUUUCGAGGGGUUCAUGGGAGGAUCGUUGGUAUAAAAAAUUUUAAUUUUCAAAAUAUGUUGUUUGGUUAGAAAUCUAUACCCUUAAGUCCUUUUUAUUUUCUAUAAUUUUUGCCUAAAUAUUUUCCCCUGGAUCAACUGACAUGACAUCUAUUUUCUAUGGUAUUUGUUGUGAUAUUGUUUUUCAUAAAAUCUAUUCAUUCCUAUGUCUGGUACGUAAUUUUCAUACUUGUUUUUAAUGCAGGCAACCUUUUAUCCUGGAUUAUGUGAGCCAACUAAUGAAGGUGGUCUGGGAUUUGAUUAUUUUGUAAAUAUGUCGGUCUCUGAGAUGUGGCUCUGGUUCCUUGAGAACCUUCCUGAUCAAAAUUGGAGCAUGAAUAAGGUCACUCUUCCUUCAAUUUUGAUACAAAGCAUUUUGGAAAUUGAACUUUUCAAUCAGUUGAAUAUUAUUUCUCUGGACUUGCCAUUAUUUUUUCAAGGAUAGGGACCCCACCUGAUAGAUUGGGAUUGGGGGUAGAGGAUCAUAUGCCAAUUGACAUUACGAGUUCAACUGCAUGUCAAGCAUACUUCAGAGCCCAAGAAAAAUAAGUGGGUUGAAGAUUUACAGCCUCAGGGUUGGAUGUCCUCUUCUAUGCUUUUCUUCUUACCAUGCUUGUGAAGAUUUAGUCUUCUUUCCCAUAGUUUCCAUAUUUCAUUGUCUCAGGAGGAACAAGGGUGAGAUUUGGAUUAGAUGCGAAGAAAGUUGCAAUUAGAGAAACAUGAGCUGUCUUGAAUUGUAACAGGAGGAACAAGGGUGAGAUUUUUCUCACUCAUGCCAAAAAUGGCCCCCUUGAAGCCCAUCCCAUUUUAAUCGACAGUCCAUUCCCUGCUCUUCACUGAGCUUUCCUCUCAUGAAAGAGAUGAAAAUACAAAAGUCCCUGUCCAACCUGAUGAAAAUGCAUUCAAUUUGGUUUUCUAGGCAUUGAUAUGAAUCAAUGUCUGGAAUGACCUUGAAUUCCUGUCAUCAUCAUACAAGGUGAAAUCAUCAAAGCCGUCUCCUUUUCAAAUAAUGAUGAAUGUGUACGUAAGGUGGACUUUAUGGUUCAAGAAGCAACUUUGCCUCCACUUAACCAUAGUUUGCUGUGUAAAUGUUAAUCAUCCCAUACUAAAAAUUAAUCUAGGUUUUCGCAUAAUUUUUAGCAGUCCCAUUGUUAGUGAUCUGCUGUUAGAAGGUAGUGGUAUUUUAUUGCUUUAUUACAGAAAUUUUAUGCUUUUUCCUCCCUGAGGCCAAGCGCUAUUCCUAGUAUAUGGAGUGUACAAUUUGUAGCAUCCAACUGUAUUUGUAGAACUCCUUUCAUAACAGUGAAUCUUGUAUUGCGCAUUCUACGUAUAUGAGUAGGUAUGUUCUCAAUAUCCUGGGGAUUUGUUAUGAUCAUACUUUUUUUUCAUCUCCAGUUUUUUUGCACAUUUCAAUAUGCUUAUAAUAUUAUGGAAUGACUGCAGAUUGUGGCUGGGCUUGUAGGUAACGAACAAAACCUGCAGAAGAUGCUCAUAUAUGUUGAAAAUCACAAUCAGGUUAAAUUCAAAAUCCUACUUCAUAAUAGGUAUUUGUGUUUCGUGUAUUCUACAAGAUAGUCCUGUCCAGAUAUCAAAUAUGCAUGUAAAUUAUUGAAAAAAAAUCUUCAAUAACUGUUGCCCUGAUGAUUAUUCUAGGCACUUAGUUGAGUUUUUGUUUAAGUAUUUAGACUGCACUUUAUGAGCUGUUUUAAAUUUGUGCCUGGCUAUUGGGAUUAAAAGUUUAGGGGUAUGUGGUUGCAUCUAUUUGAGGUUGAACCUAUUGAAGUUCUUAAUCAUACCGUUUGUUGGUUGGGGGUGGGGGGGGGAGGUGGAAGUGAUAUUGUAAGAGUCUGAUGACAUUUUGGGAAAGAUCAUGUAGGAUUCCCUCCCUAUUUAAGGGGGGAUAAAGGUCAAUGAAUCUUCAGGCAGCUGCCCAACACGAUGUAGAAUGCUACGAGUCUACUAGAGAUGACACUGCAGGAUUUGGGAAAGCUCCAGGGGGAAAGAAGGUUGUUGCUUCCUCUGGACUGUGGACAUAUAUGUGCAUUUUGAGUUGGAAAGUAGUUGCUUGGGGAUUUACACCCAGAUUCUACUCUUUCAACAAUGCUCUAUUUUUUGUUGCAACUCUCCUUUUUUCGGUCCACAUAGCAUAGAAAAUGAUCAUGGCAGGGCCUAAAUGAGCUAUUAGGUAUGAAAGAAAUAUAGAUGGGAGAAACAAAUGUACUUUAGUAAAGUUUACUAGAGUUUAGUAGACUUUUUUUUUCCCUAGCUUAGAUGGGAAGACUGUUUAACAGAGUAACAACUUGGAAGUUGUGGCAGCACGGUGUGCUGAGGUGUGUGGUUGAUUGGGGAAAUAUAUGGCUAGAAAAGAAAUAACUCCACUGUCGCUGCCCCUCUGAUCACAUGAGUAGAUGUGAUAGGAUAAAUCGAAGUCUCUCUCUGGCUCGAUAUAUAUAUAUAUAUAUUAUAUAUACAUAUAUAUACACAUAUCUGGCUCGAUAUAUAUAUAUGCCAAUCACUAAUACGUCACCUUCAAGUGUGCAUGGCUAGUGGGCCCCUGUGCCUAAUGAGAAGGCCAACACCAUGUAUUUAAGCAGUUCAUCGAAACCUUUGAAAUAAUUGAGGUUAAUACUUGAUGAUGCAUGCAUUCGGUCCCCUACUUUCCUUGUGACAAAAUGAAGAGUGACUCUUUAAAGGACUUUAACAGUUGGUACUACUUGUGAACAUCUUUUUAUCUAUUUUUUAUAUAGUACAACAAGAGUCAUAAAACAUUUAUGCACUAUGAACUGAUGGAAAUUUCAGACUGUAGUACUAGAAGCAUGUGAACUCAUGUUCCAAGAAGAUUUAUUUUAUUUAUUUAUUGAUUUCGUGGUUUUUUUUAUUUGAAUCUUUUCUUGUAGUCUAUCUCUGGAGGAAAGUCAUUUGCAGAGAUAUUGCUAACCAGAAAUCAUGAAGUUCACACUGAUUCUGAUAAUGCAUUGGCUAGAAGAAGAUCGUCAUUGUAUAAGGUAUGUCAGGAUCCUAGCAAUCCAAGAAUCCGCUAACCUUAUUCCACAUUGUGAUAUUUGGUUUUACUUUCUGGUUGGUGGAUGGCAAUCCACUAUUAGAAAAUGCAUGCAUCAAGUAUUGUGUUUAGGGUAUGCUCCCUAACAACUAACACGUGAAGAUCCAGAAAGAGCCCCUACAAAGGCCCUAUCUUGGUGUGUCGUAGAAAUAUAACCAGAAGAAAUAAAAUUCUUGGGGGAAAACAAAUUUUCUUAAUCAUUUGUGAGCCAGGUGAGUCUGUGUAAUUUCCAGGUUAACUCUGAAAGCUAAAUUUUCUCCCUUUAGCCAAAUGCGAUAUGUUUAUCUCCUUGGGUUGAUUCCUUAGGAUUCUGUGUUUAUCUCCUUGGAUUGUAGUAUUAAUGAACACCUUUCUUCUUCAGAUCUUGGGGCUCGUGCGUAGCCUACCACCCCAUUAUGGAAACCAUAAAAGUUGUGCCACUGUAAUUACAAAGAUCUUGUGAGCAUAUUUUGACCAUGGUAUUUUUAUUGGAUAUUCUUUUCCCAAAGGAACUAGGCCAAUGAAGAUCUUGAUGUGUAUUUAUAUCUUGACUGAACGUGCUCCUCCUUUCUUCAGCAGAUAAUAUCUCCUUUAGUUUAAUAAGGACUUUUCCCAUUUCUGUUGGGCCCAUUCCAGAUAGGAACUUCUAAUUCCUUCAGUCAUCAAUGUGGUGCUCAAUAAUUUGGAAAAAAAUAUAUUUAUUGCAGAUAUGCGAAGCAAAACUUUACUACAGGCUAGGAUCAGCAUUUCCCUUGCCUGACCUAUACCCUUUUUUCAUGUGUUAAUAGACCUGUCAUAGUCCUAAUCAUUCCCUCAGAUAAAGGGAUACCUAAAAUAUUGGAUAAAUAACUAUGUUUUUUAUUGACCAAGAGCUUAGUUGUUUUUCUAUCUCGUUACAAUAAAUCUCCGUUCUCACCUUUUCUUACUUAUAUAAUGUUGUUGACUCCAGUGUCAUAUCCAUCUCCAUUUAAAGUAAUAUUUUUUUUCUGGAUUCCAUUUUAUCUACAUUUUGACACGCUGUUCUGGGCUUCUGCCUUAGCAGUACUAUGAUGCUGGUAGAUUUUAGAUCUCUUUUUUUUUAGCUCUGGAAGAAAUUUAAGGGUCUCAGUGGUGAUCCAGCGUAUCCACUGCUGUUGUAGUCCAAAAAAGAAAGAGAAAUUUAUGGCAGAUCGCUUUGCCAUACAUUUUAAAGUCUGAUUUACAGAUGAUGGCUUUUUUCCCCUCUUUUCAUGUUGAAUCUCCGUAGGGAAACUAAAAAUCCAUGUGACAUAAAGGCUGUGUGAUUAUUGUCUACAGACUUAAACUAGUUCGUUUCCACUCAUUUCCCAAUCCUUAUUAAUAUCUAAUAGCGACAGUUUAAGAAUGCUGACGGGUCUGUAAUCUUAAAUUUGAUCAGCUCCUUUCUUUGGAGAGGGACACAUUAAUAAAAUUAAAGUUUAUCAUGGGCAAUGGAUUUCCCGAAAAUAAAACCCACAGAGAACGUAUCUGAGUCAUAAGGUUUGCUCACGUCUGAAUUGAGAGGAAAAAAAAUGGAGUAUGAAAGCACAAAAUUAAGAACUAAAUCUUAGAAUGAUUUUAACUUUUCACUGAUAUGAUUAUGGUAAUGCAACUUAAGCAUAUUAUUAGGGUCACAAAAAUGAUAUUUAGGCAUACUGUGCCAGAAAAGCAAAACAAAAUGAUAAUAAGAGUUGAGGAGUGUCCUAAUUUUUUAGUGUUUGUUUAAAUAGAAGAUACCCACUUCCAAUGAAAAAGUGCACCCUCCUAAUAUAUAUGUUUUGAGUUAUUUUGAGGAUGAUCCCUAAAGUAUAAGCUGUCAGGCCCCUCUUGUUCUUCUUCUUGGAACAUCAGUGACGACCAAAAAUGAUUUCAACGAUCAUGAAAGCAUGUCGUCAUCAGUUAAGUACAUUUGUUGAACAUUCAACUUGAAUGAUGUCUUAAUUUCUGAAUUAGCGCUUAAAAGUUGUAAAAAUCGUAUAUAUAUGUAUUUAUAAAUUUUAGUCCAUGUAUCCAAAUAUAUUCAUAAUAUGGUCGAGCUUGGAAUUUCUAAUUUCCACUGUGGAGGAUUAAUUUUAGUCCGUGAUGCAGAUGAUUGUGCAGGCCAAUAGCUUGAUAAAUUCUGAGGGCCAAUGUUUAAGAAGAAAGUUAAUGUGUAAGACAGAUAUAAUGGAAAUACCGUUUUUGAACAUUGGACUUGAAUGAUAGUUAAAUUUCGCUUUAGAUCUGAAAACCAGAGGUAUAAAUCCAUUUCUUUUUAGACAAAUUGUCCAUGUUUUAAUACAACUCUGCUUCGUAAUUGGAAUAUGUUGUAGAGGAUUGACAUUAGGCUGUGAUGUAGAGGAUUGUUGGCCUAGGAUCAUUUUAAAUAGAUAAACCAAGGCUAAAUCAGUGAUGUGUAACACAUCCCAAUAGAUUGAGUACAGUUAAAAAGUACCUUGAUAAGUUAUUUUAUCUGACUGGUUGGUCUUGAUUAGUCAUCAUAUCUGAGUGUUUUUGGUCAUUUCGCCAGGGUUUGAAGGGGAUUAUGUCCUCAUCAUCACAAACUUUGGCAUCUUUUAUUUUGUUACCAGCACAACUCUUGUCUUCUCCUUUUGUGGAGUUUUAUGCCCUUUGAGCUUUUUGCCCACCUGUUUAGAUUUAUUCGCCAUUCUUCUAGCUAAGGUUUCAUGCCAUGCAUUUUAAAGAUUCAAGGAGUGUAUCUUAAGGAUUCUUGUGUACUCUUCAUUUCAGCUGAUGAAACUUAUAACAUUCACCAUCUGUGGACGUGCUUACUUAAACUUCAUGGGUAAUGAAUUUGGACAUCCAAAUGUAAGAUUAUUAACUAUUUAUAUUAUUUGUGGAAGCUUACAUUUGUCUCCUUUCUCCUUCAAAAAUUUCAACCUUUCCUUUCGUUGCUUGUUAAUGACAUUUAUGAGUCUUUUUUUUUUUCUAGAGGGUCGAGUUCCCAAUGUCAACGAACAACGACUCAUUUUCAUUGGCUAAUCGCCAGUGGGAUUUACUGAAAGAUGAAGGACUUCAUAGCAAUAUUUUCAAUUUUGAUAAGGUCUGAAUUCUAUCAUGCUUGUUCUUGUAAGACUGUAUUGGCAUUUUAAUGAUUAAAUGAUCUAAAAAAAUUAUGUACUCUACUCAACUAGGCUUGCUUAUAAUUGUCAUUGACCCUAUUAUGCGUUGAUUUCCAUAAACGCCUGUGAAAUGGCUUCUUAAUUCCUUUAAGGGUCUUAUGACGUUCUUGUUAUUGUCUAUCUUUAUUCUGUUCAUUUCUGUGGGGUACAAGCCAUAAUUUUCCCUUCAUUGCCAUUCUAAUUGUAAUAAAUCUAGUAAGCUAUUUCAACACUUUUUUUCCAAGCGAUUCGAUGAUGGGAAUGCAUAUACUCUUCCACUAUGUUGUAUGCUACCUUGACUGUGCAAACCAUUGGAGAUAGCAACACAUCUUUCCCACCUUAGGAUGCACAGUAAGAAGCAGUUCAUACAGCCAGAAGGUGCAGUAACCCUCUUCCAGGUUUCAUGAUAGCCUUUGCUGCCGACUGUGUCUUCUUCUUAACAGUUCCUUAUAACAAUCCUACGCAUGCCUUCUAUAUCUCAUGGAGCUUAAUGAUAUAGUCUCCACAUAUAGGCUCAACCCAAAGUAGAAUAUGCUUCAGCCAAUCAGUUCCUGAAAUCACAUAUCUUCUAUGCACAUUGUGAUAUCCUUCCUGGUGUUUAUCUUCAGAAACAUAGGAUUUUUCGUGGAAACUAAUUCAGUGCCGAAGCAUAUUGUUCUUAGAUGAUCAGGGCAGUAACUGAUUUAUUCAGCGGAGUCGACUAUCUCCUGCACAUUUGAUUUUGAUUGAUGCCACAACGCUUGCUGUCGUGUAUCACUUUCUCAACUCUUAUUGUUGCUGCUUGUUUUGACGAUCACGUGUUCCUUCUGUUCUCCCCGCAUAUUAGCAUACUGCAGACAGAUAGUGUGGAUAGGAAUGCUGCAUCAAGAUGAAAUAGAAAAAUCUAUCUUCUUGAAAGGUGUAUCAAAUCAUAUCAGUUUUCGAUGGUCAUGUUCUACAGGUUAUUACAGGGUAUAGAAUAGUAAAGGGAGCUGAUGCAAAAUUGGCAUCAAUAGGGAGAGAGAAGGAAGAAAUAAGAGAAACAACUAAAGUUGUGGGGAACACGGCUACGGGUGGUUCUCAGGUUACGUUGAAAAUGGACUCUGACAUAUUGGAGUGGAUAUAUGCUUACAUACAACCCUUAAGAAUGCGUGAACAGAACAACGUUAGUGACGUCCUGUAUGUGCAUAUCUUAGUGUUUAAUAUUUAAGUUUUUAUGCAUUAACAGAUUUGGUCAUAGUUCUUUCAUUAAUUUUUCUAUUCGAAAAUUUUCUUUUGAAGCUUUUAGGGUGAUAUUUUUGAGGAAUUUCAGGAGUUAGAUAAUGUUCCAUAGUAGUUUCUGCUUAUUAUGGAGGAUCCUUAAUUCAACUUCUUUCUUUUUAGGAUAUGAUGAAGUUGGAUGAACAUGAAAAAAUACUUUCCAGAGGUUCUCCUAGCAUUCACCAUGUAAAUGACUCUACCAUGGUAAGGACAUUUAAACGCUCAUCUGUUACCAGUGUUCUUCUUCGUUAUCUAUUUUUUCGGAUAUUUGAUGGAUUCUUGAAAACCCUGCCUGUCAAUGGCAUUCUCCUUUAUCAGAUUUUUUUUUAUGUUCAACGGUACCUUGGGUUGUGCUAUAAGGUUUAUAAAUGAGAUUGAAAAUGGAUAGAAACGGUUGAAAUUCCCUACUGAAGUACAAGCUAAGCAAUUAUUCUCUAGAUAGGCAGAUUCAGUAUGCUUCUUGCCUAGAAAAAGCUCUACAUAUUCGAAGAUUCCUUCAAUUUCUAAUAUUAUCAUCUUCAACAGAUUUGAUCGUUCCACUCUUAUUCCAUCAAUUCAAUUUUAAGUGAGUGCUUGAUUUUUCUUUUGUACCUGAGUCAUUUCGAUUCUGUUGCUGACAAAACUUCUCUAUUGCCUUGUAUUUGCGCGUCGUAAAUGACUUCCACCCCACGAAAAUUCCAUGUACUCCAUUUAGUUAUCAUAUUUCUUAAGCUUCAUCACUUAGAAGGGUAGAAACAAAGCUAUUCGCCAGUGGCCUAGAAUUUGUUUUCUGGUUCAACCAUGACUGAUGAAAGUAAUUGGACAUAUAUGACUCUUCUGCAUAUUUUGAUCACACCAUGUUUUAAGAUAUUAGCAGACAAGGCCUUGGAGAUCAAACUAUGGGGAAGAAUUUCACCCAUAAGUUACUGCUUAUAAUGUGGGGGUAUUAUGCUUGGUGGCCGGUUGAUGGAGGGAAUGUGGGCUAAAAAUCCGAAAUUUUCUUCAGAAGGUUCCGAUCAGAGGACAAUCUGAGAGUCUUUUUUUCUUUCAUAUUCUCAAAACGAGUUGAUCAUCGCUUUGUUUAUUAUGGGAUUCCAAAGCCUCUUUUGGCAAAUACUUUUCUGAAUUAGCAUAAUACAACCCUCUAUUUCUGUGCUUAGCAGAUGUCUGCCAUGGAGUCAAUAACUCAUGGAGUCUUCAAAAUAGAGUGAUUUUAUUUUAUAAAAUGCCCACGAGAUGUUUUCCCUGAAUAACAUGAGAAAUUUUUCCGCACCCUUAUUCGUUUUGUGAUUAAAUAUAAAAACUGGUUUUCUCAUGCAGACAACGAACGGCAAACAAUACAUUGUUAUUUAGGUACCCGGAAAAUCUGGCCCUUUCCGCCUUAAUCCAUGGAGCCACCUUGGAAUCCCGAUUAUUUUCCUCCGGUUUUCAUUCAAGCAUUUGUUUUAUUGGAUUUUUAAAUGCAAGCAUCGUCAUUAUGCCAAAAUCGUCAUUUGUCUAAAUAAUUAUCCAGCUGUUCUAGUUCAUGAACGUUCACCACACUGUUCAUUUCAUACCUUCAACCAAAAUUUUCUCUGUAGAAACGUGUGAUAAUUUAGAUCUACCUGUGGAUCAUUUACAUCUACCUGUGGACAAUUUUCUACUUUUCUCUGUAGAAGUGUCUUGAUGCUAUUAUUAAAAAUUUCUAAAUAUCCAUAUGGAUGGUACACUGAUGUUGAUUUUUUUUUGGUGAAAUAUCACAGGUCAUCUGCUACGAAAGAGGACAAUUUCUGUUUGUAUUUAAUUUCCAUCCUGAGAAUUCAUAUGAAAAUUAUAUCGUAGGAGUAGAAGAAGGUGGGGAGUACCAAGUAAGACUCUAGUAUCAAUCUGUUGAAAUUUUCUUUGCUUAUAGAUCUCUUUCUGCUGUUCUAAUUAAAUGUAUUUUUAUUGCAAUGGUCAUUGGGUUCUUAAUACACCCAUCACACUCGUCUUUUAUUAUUUUCCCAGUACAGAUGUUUUGUCAUAAGGAAUACGGGAAAAUCAAACAAAUAAAUUACAAAGCCGUCUGUUAAAGCCAGAAAAAUUAAUUAAAUGCAUUUGAGUCUUCAUGGAUCGUGAUGCAAAGCUUCAACAUGUGAAAUGAUCUAGAACUCAAAUCAUGAAGAACUUAGAAUCUCUGUCUUUUGUUGUUUUUAUCUAGGUUUUUUUCUCACAAUCACAUCCUAUUUAUAUGCUUUGAGGGAGAGUUUGGUCGUGGCUUGAGAAAACACCAGGUUGAUAAGGAAAUCUUGAAUCUCUUUAUGUUCCACAACUUUUUCCGGCUUCUUGCACUGCCAGUGUCAGCACUUGAUGAAGCAUCGAAGCAUCAUACUGUUCUGUAGAUAGAUACCUUUGGUCAACGCCUGAGUUGACCUUUUUUUUCCUUCUGGAGUCAUUAUGUCAAUAUGAUUGGUGACUGUUGGCAGUGAGUCACUGUAAUUUGACACUUCCAUUUUGGAUUGAAUCUCUACACAUAAGUUAGCUUAUUUUUUGCAUAAGUUGGCCUACUACUUUCAGUGAUAAACCCUUAUCACAUCAUCAUUUUAGAACAUUUCGGACUUCUAAAACCUGCCACUUGGUGUUUAAUCAGCCAGUUAUUCAAAAAUUUGUUCUCUAGACCUUGACCUGGUUUGGAUGGCUAGAGGAUGGAUAUCAAUGGAUAUACUGUUUACUGGUGAAAACUGAUUUAAAUUAUUAUUCGACAGGUGAUAUUGAACAGUGAUGAAGUUCAGUACGGUGGAGGUGGACAGCUCAAGGAUUUCCAGUACACUCAGAGAACUAGUAAUAAAAGGUGCUGCCAAGCUUCAUAAAUCUAUACUUCCCUCAUGAAACUUUACCCUAAAAGGUUUCACAAAUUGACUGAGAUUUUUUCUAAUGAUGCCUGGUACAAUGUUGGCCCUAUUCAACGUAUUUUUCAGGGCAGAUGGACUCCGUAACUCUCUGGCGCUGUCGAUGCCUGCCCGAAGUGCUCAGGUAUGCUAUAUCUUUGAAUCUCUCCAUAGAGUCAGUCAGUCGCCCAUGGCCAUUCCAUUCCAUUCCAUUCCAUUCCAUUCCAUUCCAUUCCAUUCCAUUCCAUUUUUAGAUAAUCUUCAAAGAAACCUCAUUCUCUCACGGCUUUCAGGUCUACAAGCUGACUAGAAUAUUAAGAGUAUGA